AUGUACUAUCUUCAUCCAGACCUGAUGCGCACAGUAUCACAUGUCUUUGAUGCCAUGGCAGCCUUUGGCAACAUUGAACUAGUACGCUACCUACAUGAUAUUGGCGCGCCUGCUUCCUACUUCGCAAUGAAUCUCGCGUCUACACUCUCCAUCGUUCAAUUCCUUCAUGAUAAUCGCACAGAGGGAUGCACAACUGAUGCCAUGGACAACGCUGCAGCCGAUGGACGUCUGGAUAUUGUUCUGUUCCUACAUCAGCAUCGUACAGAGGGCUGCACGACCGGUGCCAUGGACACCGCUGCGGCCAAUGGACAUCUUGACGUGGUCAAGUUCCUUCAUCGCAACAGGACUGAGGGCUGCUCAAACAAGGCACUCAUACUGGCAGCUGGAAAUGGUCAUCUGGAUGUGGUCCAGUUCUUACAUCACAACAGGACUGAAGAGUCAUCGAUGUUCCAGGCGAUGAACAACGCAGCAUCGAAUGGACAUCUUGAGGUGGUCACAUUCCUACAUCACAACCGAGACGAAGGCUGCACGACCAAGGCUGGCGACAAUGCUGCGGCUAAUGGACACUUGGAUGUACUCACAUUCCUGUUUGAGAACAGGGAUGAGGGGUGCACGGGCGAAGCAUUCAGUAUGGCUGCUCGCAACGGAAAUCUAGCCAUCGUACAGUAUCUCAAUCACAUGCCUCGUGAUGAGCUGGUUAGCACACUCGCAUCAAGCGCGAUGAACCAGGCGGCAGCCGAGGGACAUCUGGACGUGGUCGAGUACCUUCACAAUCAUUCAACAUUCGGCUGCACUGCCUAUGCCAUGGUGAUGGCUGCGACAAAUGGGCAUCUGAGCGUUGUUGAAUGGCUACAUACCAACAGGACUGAGGUCUGUGGUCCAAAGGCCAUGGACAUGGCCGCGACCAAUGGACAUAUGUCCGUGGUGAAGUACCUCCACGAGCACAGGACAGAGGGAUGCACGGUCGACGCGAUGAACGGUGCUGCAAAGAAUGGCCAUCUCGAUAUCAUCCGCUUCCUCCACCACAACAGGACGGAAGGGUGUACGACCAAAGCGAUGGACCUGGCCGCGCGACUAGGUCGUCUGGACAUUGUACAGUACCUCCAUCAUAACAGGACAGAGGGGUGUACAGACGAUGCCAUGCGAUUUGCCGCGGCUGCAGGAUCAGGGGAUGUCGUUCAGUUUCUUGCAUUACAAUCGAACAGAGAAGUGUGGACCAACAGUGAUGGACUGCGCAGCAGUCGGUGGCAGCUUGGAAGUUGUGCGAUUCCUACACGAGCACAGGACCGAGGGCUGCACUGUGUGGGCCAUGCAUCGAGCGGCUGA